CUCUCUCUCUCUCUCUCUCUCUCUCUCUCUCUUAUGUCUUAAUUGCAUUUACCCUUUGUGUUCUUCGACACUCUCCCUCUGUCUCUCAUGGAGGAGCCGCCCUACCACCCCAUUGAACCUUGCAACUUCGAUCUAAUCCUCUCAAACACAGGCUUUCCGCUUUCCAUCAUAGCCGCGGCGGCCUCCAUUGCUGGAAAAUCAGUUCUCCACUUAGACCCCUCCCCCCUCUAUGGCUCCCACUACUCCUCUCUCCCCUUGGACUCCUUCAUCUCUUUCUCUCAAAACUCUAACCCUAAUCCCUCCCCUUAUUCAUCUCCUGACAUGCCAGACGAAGAGGCUGACUAUAGGGCCCUAACCGUAGAAUACAGGCCUCUUUUCUCUGCUUUCGAGCUCUCUACCCACUCUUCUGACCACUUGGGUCCCUCAAGAAGCUUCAAUUUAGAUUUGUCGGGACCUAGGGUUUAUCUCUCUAGGGAUUCAACUGUUGAUUUGUUGUUGAGAUCAGGAGCUAACAAUUACCUGGAGUUUAAGGGUAUGGAGGCGACCUUCAUUUGGUAUGAGGAUGGGCUUUUUAUGGUGCCUGAAUCAAGGAAUGCAGUGUUUAGGGAUCAGAAAUUGGGGUUUUUGGAGAAAAGGCAUUUGACUGGUUUUUUCAAGCUUAUUCGUGAGGGUGGUUUCGAUGAGAGGGAAAUGGAGGGUUCCUUUGUGGAGUUCUUGGAGAAGAAGGGGAUCUCACCUCUUAUCAAAUCGAUUAUUUUAUAUGCAAUUGCUUUGGCUGACUAUGACCAAGAGAAACCAAAAGAUCACAACAAUCUUCUUAGUACAAGGGAUGGAGUAGAAAGUUCUUCUCUCUACCUCUCAUCUGUGGGAAGGUUUCCUAAUGCUCCGGGGGCCUUUAUCUAUCCCAUGUAUGGCCAAGGAGAACUUCCACAGGCAUUUUGCCGAUGUGCUGCCGUGAAAGGCGCCAUUUAUGUCCUGCGCAUGCCUGUGAUAGCACUACUAAUUGAUAAGGAGACUGGGCACUAUAAAGGCAUCCGGGUUUCCUCAGGCCAAGAUCUGUUCAGCCAUAAGUUAGUCUUGGAUCCAUCCAUUGCUGUACCACCAAAAGUGUUCUCUCCAACCGAGUUGCACAACAAGGAGUUUGAGGGGCUAAGUCUUGACAAUGCUAUAAAAACUCCAAAGCUGAGCAAAUAUGUUGCUAGAGGUGUGUUCUUGACAAGAACCUCUCAAAAGCCUGGACUAUCCACCUUGCUGGUGGUCUUUCCUCCACGAUCAUUGUAUCCUGAGCAGAUGGCAACCGUUCGGGCUCUACAGUUAGGGAGCAAUGCAUCAGUUUGCCCUAAUGGAAUGUUUGUUGUGUAUAUUUCAACACCAUGUGAUGAUGCCGCAAAAGGAAAGGAAGUCCUUCGUGCUGCUAUGAAUGUUCUUUUCAUGAUUCCUGAUGCAAUCAGCUCUGAAAAUCUCACGCCAACAAGUGAAGGUGUACAGAGAGAGGGAAAGCCAGUUUUGUUAUGGUCUGCUCUAUAUAUCCAAGAGAUGAUAGAGGGUUCAUCGAACCCAGUUUACUAUUGCCCAACACCGGAUGAGAAACUUGACUACAGAGGGAUAUUAAAUUCAGCUACUAAGUUGUUUCAUGAGAUGUAUCCAUCAGAAGACUUCUUUUCCCAAGCAGCAGCCAUGGAAAGCAGUGUGGAGAAUGAUAUUAAUUCGUUGGAUUGAGGCACAACUGAUUGGGAUGGAGUUUUUUUUUGGGAAGAACUAUAUUAUUUUCAUUGUUUUUGGGGCAAACAUAGUGAAUAAUUUGAUUCGAAAUUAUAGGAUUUACUGAAUGGAGAGAAUUGCCAAGAGUUGAAUCAAUGCUUCAAAAAAUGCUGGGCAGGGCGCCUGAGCCCUGAGGUAAAAAAUUGCAUAUAUGCCCUAUCAAUUUUGUAUUUACAUGUAUUCUGACUUUUUCUUGAAAGUAUAUAUGCAUGAAUGUUGAAAUGUGUUGUAUUAA